AUGCUAUUAAAUGGAAUGCGCGAAACAAACAAAAGCAUCAUAAAGUUUCCAGAAAUCACAUCAUCUGCCAUGAAAAUUGUCUUGGAAUUUCUAUACACAGGAGACGUGAAUCCUAAUCACUUUACCAUCCGAAGCGCAAUCGAUACAUUCCACGCAGCGAAUUAUUUCCUAUUACCAGACCUAGAAAAAAUGAUUUCUGAAUUCAUAAUUGACAAUUUGAAAAAAGAAAACAAGAUUGAUUGCUUAGUGGAAUUUUUCUCAUCAAUGAUUUCUUGUUCGUCGGCGAUUGAUUGUGAAAUUAAGGUCUUUCGGGAAAUUUGGAGUGUGAUGGUGAAUACACAAGUAUGGUUGAUUCCGUUCGAUCGGAUGACAUUUGAGAUGUUGAGAGUUUUACUGAGUGGAACGGUUGAUUUUGAGGGUUACUUUUUGACUACAGAGUAUGAUUUGUUUCGAUAUAUUCUUUUGUGGGAGGCAUCCCGUAUUUCGCGGCAAGCUUUUUUGGCAUUUUUUGAUUAUUUGCCAUUAAUUGAGACUAUUGACUAUUUUCGUGAUCAGAUCCUAACAGGAUUCAGAAACGAUGCUUUGUCAGACCCUACAAUUGCAAAAUAUAGAACUCAAGUUCAUGAUGAUAUUUCUCAAUUACUUACACUCAUCGAUUUACACCGCAUCCCGCCAAAAGUCAUAGCAACCGUGAUUCGUCCUCUCCAACUAAUAUCAGAUGAAAUAUGUCUAAACGCCUACGAUUACCAUGCAAAAGCUUAUUGUACACCAAAACAACAGCGUGGUAUAUACCACUACAAGCUUCUACAAUGGGAUAAACGUGCAUGUGGCUCAAAACUGAAAAUUUCCGCAAAUUCAACGAUAAUUUCCGCGCUUGCUGAUCUCACCACUCAUCAAUCAGUGAGAACGGAACAAGCGUUUUGGGGAGAAGGUGUUUACGAAUGGGAUGUGAUUGUUGAGGAAACGUGUUGUUAUGCCUGGGUCGGAAUAUGUGCUACCGAGUGUGUCAAUUAUGCGAUGCCGCUUGGGCUUCAGCAGUAUGGGUGGGUUGUUAGUUCGGGAGGUUUUUAUCAGCAUCAUGGAAGAAAGUCGCGGGGCGACAAAUUGAUACUUUUUGGUAAAGAUGCUAAAGUUACUGUGCAUUUAGAUAUGACCAAUAGGACAUGCGCAUUCUCUAUUAAUAAUGUGAGGAUGCCUGUGGCUUUUGAUAAUUUGCCGGAAAAAGUUUAUCCGGCAGUUUCGCUUGUUUGCCCCGGUCGAUUUCGUAUUUUGCCGCAUAGAUAUUGUUAG